ACAUUAGUUAGCAUAGAGUACCAGUGAUCUAGGUUUCACUUCAGUUAGACCUUCCACCAGUCAACCUAAACAAUGGCGACUCGCCCAACAUUGACCAGCGCUUGGAGACUAUCUCGGUGUCUCUGGUCCUGUCGGGGCACCAAAUACCUAUCAACUUCCGUACCAAGGCACCAGAACUAUGAUGCCACCAUUGCCAACUUGAACAUCGACAAGGAUACUAGGGUUAUCUACCAAGGAUUUACUGGUAAAGCCGCAACUCUCAAUGCCAAGGAUACCAUUGCAUAUGGCACCAAUGUCGUUGGCGGUGUAUCCCCAGGCAAAGGCGGCCAGGAGCAUUUAGGUCUUCCUGUAUUUAAUACAGUCAGAGAGGCCGUGGAACAGGUAAAGCCCCAUGCGACAUCAGUCUUCGUACCAGCACAAUUCGCCGCUGCAGCUAUCAUCGAAGCAAUAGAGGCAGAAGUACCUCUUGUUGUGACCGUAGCUGAGCACAUCCCUGUACACGAUAUGAUGCGUGUCCAUGGUGUGCUUAAAACCCAAUCCAAGACUCGCCUUGUCGGUCCGAACUGCCCAGGUAUUAUUGCUCCUGAGCAGUGCCGUCUUGGCAUCAUGCCGCAUAAGCAGUACAAGAGGGGUACUAUCGGUAUAGUCUCCAAGAGCGGAACGCUAAGUUAUGAAGCUGUGGGCUCAACAUCGAAUGCUGGAUUGGGCCAAAGCCUUGUUGUUGGUAUGGGAGGUGAUAUGUUGCCGGGAACUACACUCGUGGAUGCCCUUAAGCUGUUCUUCGAUCAUCCAGAAACAGAGGGUAUUAUUGUCAUCGGCGAGAUUGGUGGGGAAGCAGAACUCAGAGCUGCUGAAGCCAUCAAGGAAUACAGGAGAACGACAAAGGUUCCGAAGCCAAUCAUAGCCAUGGUGGCUGUGGAGCGAUUGUGGUACCGCACCCUGGGGUCAUGGGACAUGUUAUGA